GCCCGGGGCCGGGCGCGGAGCUGCGGGCUCGGGGGUGUGAGCGGCCGGGCUGGGCGCCCCCAGGAUGCUGCGGUUCCUGCGCAGGACCUUUGGCCGGCGGUCGAUGCAGCGCUACGGGCGAGGAGCGGGGCGCGGGGCCGGGCGAGGCGGGCUCGGCGGUGAGGGCGACGAGCGGGACGGUGGGCUGCGAGGAGCCGCCGCCGCCGCCGCCGCCGUCGUCUCCGGGGGCUUCCCCUCCUCGCCGCACCCCGGCGGGGUCGUGCACGGCGCCGGAGCCCCCGUCCACAUCCCCGCCGCCGGCGGCAGCAAGCCGGUGCUGCAGUGCCGCGUGCUCCUCCUGGACGGGACCGAAGUCAGCGUGGAGCUGCCGAAACAUGCGAAGGGACAGGAGUUAUUUGACCAGAUUGUAUAUCAUUUGGACCUUGUGGAAACUGAUUACUUUGGCUUACAGUUCAUGGAUGCUUCCCAGGUUUCACAUUGGUUGGACCAUUCUAAAUUCAUUAAGAAACAGAUAAAAAUUGGACCUCCGUACACGUUGCAUUUUCGAAUUAAAUACUAUUCAUCAGAACCGAACAACCUUCAUGAGGAGUUUACAAGGUACCUGUUUGUAUUACAGCUCCGACAAGACAUUCUUUCAGGGAAACUGAAAUGCCCUUAUGAAACGGCUGUUGAACUAGCAGCUCUGUGUCUUCAAGCUGAACUGGGAGAGUGCGAACACCCAGAGCACACACCAGAACUUGUGUCUGAAUUCCGGUUUGCACCAAACCAGACUGAAGCAAUGGAAUUCGACAUCUUUCAGAAAUGGAAAGAGUGCAGGGGAAAGAGUCCAGCACAGGCUGAACUGUGCUACUUGAACAAAGCCAAGUGGCUAGAAAUGUACGGUGUAGAUAUGCAUGUAGUUAAGGGAAGAGAUGGUUGUGAAUAUGCUCUUGGACUGACACCAACGGGCAUAUUGAUCUUUGAAGGAGCAAAUAAAAUAGGCUUAUUCUUUUGGCCUAAAAUCACAAAAAUGGACUUUAAAAAGAGCAAACUAACACUAGUGGUCGUGGAAGAUGAUGAACAGGGCAGAGAGCAAGAGCACACAUUUGUUUUCCGGUUAGACAGUGCCAAAACGUGCAAACAUUUGUGGAAAUGUGCAGUGGAGCAUCAUGCUUUCUUCAGACUGCGAGCCCCAGCAAACAGUAAAUCUAGUAGAUCUGACUUCAUAAGGCUGGGAUCACGCUUCAGAUUCAGUGGACGGACAGAGUAUCAAGCAACACAUGGGACAAGAUUACGCAGAACGAGUACGUUUGAAAGACGGCCCAGCAAACGAUAUCCUUCUCGAAGGCAUUCGACGUUUAAAGCAAACAAUCCUGUGAAAGCAGCACAACUGUGUGCUAAAAAUACUCCUGAAGUCCACAACUACCAGCCACAGUAUCAUCCUAAUAUACAUCCUGCUCAGCCACACUGGCACCCACAUACACCUGUGAAUGUAAGCUAUCCCUUGAACAACAGCGAUCUGCACCAGUUCAACAUUGAGGAGAAUGGCGGAGCACCAUAUGCUGCAAAAAUGCCUGCGAGGCACCACCACCACCACCGCCAUCACCACCACCACGCUAACUACGGCGCCCUUGCUCCCGACAGCAAAGACAUUGUUUCCGGAGUUCCAAACCCAAAUAAAUUGAGCUCAGGACUUCCCCUUCUUUAUGAUGAAACCUCUCAUCUGAAGAAAAUAGAAACGGAGAGUAUGAAGGUAGUUGGACCAUGGCCAGCCCUGCACGUCAGCGUGAACAAGGUUGAAGAGAAAAAGGUACCUGAAAAGACUCUUCAUCCCCCUGUGUCACCUUCCUCUGUCCCUGAUCAUAUGAAGUGCAACAUUCUUAAAGCUCAAGUAGAAGCUGCUUUCAGAGUAGGCACCCAGGCUGUGAAAGAAGAGACCUCUUUUGUAAAUCCCAGUAAGACCUCCAGCCUGCAGGACCCUAAUGUAAGAAGUCCAGCUCCAGUGCGACCUGAAACUACGCCAUCAUCUGGCCCUACAGAAAAGCAGGAAAUUAAAGUUUCUCGUGUGAGGAAGUUAACAAGACAGUACAGCUUUGAUGAAGAUGACCUUCCUCCAGCACUAGCAGCAGCAGCAGCAUCAACAUCUGUGUCUUCAGCAUCUCCUGGGUCACAGAAAAUGUGCACACCACAGACAUCAGAAGGACAAACACAGCUUUCGCCUGGUGGCAAGAGUUCCACAGAUGCUGGAAGUACUUUUGCUCUGGAGCCAGGUGACCUUCUGAUGGAUUUCACAGAGGCCACACCUAUGAUAAAGACAUUCCCUGCUGAUACAUCUAAUCCUUUUUUCGAUCCUUUUACAACAGUACCACAGUUUUCUGCAGAGUUCACAGACAGCAAAUUGCAGUGCUGUGUGGUGCAGUCAUCUCCCAAGCUUUCGCCGGUACCGAAAUCUCCUGUCCUGAGAUCACUGGCAGAGCCUGUGCCGACUCCAACGGUGCAGACAAUAUACACGUCACAUAAACCGAUAUCGCUGGCGGACAGCGCUGAGACUCUGAGGCGUGAACUUGAGAGAGAGAAAAUGAUGAAAAGACUCUUGAUGACAGAAUUAUGAAAUUCUCGCUUCCGUCUGAUGGAGAAUGGAUUGGGGCCUUUCAUGUGCCUUCUGUCUGUUUACAUUCCUCUGCUUCUGUGUACUCAACAUAAUGCAUCGGGAAAACGUGUGAUAUUCCUGACUCGCCUGGAUUCACUACGGUUGGUUAAAAUUUAGUCUUGGCUAGACUUUAACUUGAAGGAGUUCCUUUAUUCGUUUGCUGCUGGGAAAUAAACCUUCAAUCCUUUCUCUCUCCUGAGAUUUUAUACUAUUAACACAGUUAAUUUCAGGUUUGGUUUUGGUAAAUCUAGGGCAAAAAGGAUCAGCAAGGAGCAAACUGAUCUCUAUUGGGAAACACUGUUCUGUACAUAUGUUAAUAAGUGCACAGAAAUUAAUGUUAUGCAGAAUAUUUUGAUAGUAACAUAGAAAAUAUGUCAUUUUGUACAACUGAAAAUUGCAAUGAGCUACUGCUAUUUGUUAAAGAACCGUUUUUAAAGCAGAAGAAUGAUUAUUACAUCCUAACCCCAGGACUGUUAGUCUCCACAGAAAAACGAGUGGCUGUCUUACUAAAUUCCUAACCUUAACCUUUACUCAGAGAUACAAAUAGCUGCAGGGGGAGGACACCCCUCCACACAGGUAUACGCACCCAACACUCCCCAUAGUCUGCCUUCUCAACCUCAAUCAGAAGCUAAAUCUUACUUUAUUUCCAUUAAUGAUUUAAAAAAAAAAACAAAAACAGUUGUUUAAAGUGAUUUGCUACUGACUCUCUAGCUUGAUACUGACUUUUUGUAACUUGGUGGGAAGUUCCAGCUUCCCCACGUUUCUGGGCACUCAGGCCUGCCCGCAUGUAGAUGGCUCUAGCUACAGAGCUUGGGCAGCACGAGUACAGCUGGCACAGCCAGGGCGCUUCCCCUCUCUGAUCCACCUUCCUGCUGCAUUGAUUUAUAGAUCACAUUAAAAAUAAUACAAAUAGUUUGUGGUACAGGGUUGGGUGGGUGUUCUCAUCAGCAGGACCGCAGCCUCGAGGAGUGUGUUGUGGUAUACAGGUAAUAUGAUCAACAGUUUCCUAAAUUUUAAAGAGCAGUUCUCCAUUUCCCCCUGUCCAGCAGUGCAGGGUUGCCUACAAAGCUACCAACAACUGACUGUCAGCUACAAGAUACUAUUCCAACAGGAAAGCUUUUGUGCGUUUUGUAUGGCUGAAGAUGUAUAUUUUUCUGUUACUCUGUACACUGUGUUCUCUGGUUUGUACUAAGAUAAAAGAUUGUCCUUAAUUUGA